CACACACACACAGAGAGAGAGAGAGAGAAAGGGCUAUCAGCUGCUCGCACAUGCACAACGGCGACGCAGAUAGAGAAGAAAAAGGGAGGUUGAGGGUGGGUGAGGCGGAGGUCCACACCAAAACCACCCACUCUCUGGCAGCAGCUGACCUGCCCCGAUGGACGAGAACGUGUGGGCACACGGUGGUCUGGAGGUGCCGGAGGAGUCCAGUCCGCCAGACGCAUCCAGCUCAUGAGACUUGGGCCCAUGCACAGCUGGCACCAUGCUGCCCCAUCACAUGCGAACAGGUGGAUAUGACCUGCCGGGGACGGAGUCCAGCGAGGUGCCCCUAAUCGCCUACCGACCCCUUGGGCCCGAUGACGGGGUCGACGUCCCGGGCACCCCAUCUGACAUGGAUGACACGCAGAGUCUCCAGGUGGAGUCGUUACCCAUGAAGACGACCUGGUACUGUCCUCUGGAUCUGCGGAGAUGGGAAGCUGAGAUGUGUGUUCAGUCCACAGUGGUGGAGGAGGAAGAGGACGGAGUGGUCUACACAGUAGUGGUCAAACAAGCGCACGGCUCACCCUCCAGCCCUACGCCGUCUCGCUGCCAGUGCGUGAAAGCGGGCACGGAGGAAAAGCUGGCGCUCCACCUCCUCCACUCCUUGGCCCUGGGGGACUCCACCUACGUCACCGUCUUCCUGGCCACCUAUAGGUCCUUCACCUCCACCGAGCGAGUGCUGGACACCCUCGCUGACAGGAUGGAGCGCCCGCCCGGCGACAGCUCCAGGAGCCAGGCGAGGAGGUCCUUCAACAAAGCAGUGUGCACCGUCUUCAGCAUGUGGCUGAUCGAGUACCCCGAGGACUUCAAGGGCUUGAGGGAGCCCUCGCGCCUCCUGCGACUGGCGCCCCUCCUCCCGCGAGAAUCCUCGUCUGCGGCCGACCUGCGCGCUCGCCUCCUCAGGGUCGCCGAGGAGCUGAGCGAGAAGGCCCUGCUGCCCAACGCCUUUAAAGACGUGCACAUCUCCCACAGCCCGAACCCCGAUGUGUCCAAGUUCGAAGCCACCAGAAUCCUGGGCUUCCCCUCGGCCACCAUCGCCGAGCAGCUCACUCGCAUCGAAACGGAGCUGUUUGUGCGCCUGGUGCCGUACCACUGCCUGGGCUCCUCGUGGUCCCAGCGGGACAAGAAAGGCCGGGAAGGCGCGUGCUGGUCCGUGCGGGCCACCGUACGCCAGUUCAACCGGCUGGCCAACGCCGUCCUGGCGUCCUGCCUGUGGCCCACCAGGCUGCGCAGUCAGCAGCGAGCUCGGCUCCUGGAGAAGUGGAUCAGUGUUGCAGAGGCGUGUCGAGCCAGGAAGAACUUCUCAUCGCUCUACGCCAUCGUGUCCGCCCUGCAGAGCAACCCCAUCCACCGGCUGAGGAGGACCUGGCAGGAAACGGACAAGGAGGCCACCAGGAAGUACGAGGAGCUCUCCGAGAUCUUCUCAGACAAGGACAACUACUCUCAGAGCAGAGAACUCCUGAAGGAGGAAGGCACAUCCAAGUUCACCAACCUGGACAAGCGGCUCAGCAGGUCCAGCGCCCAGGGCACCGUGCCCUACCUGGGGAUCUUCCUCACCGACCUCACCAUGUUGGACACGGCGGUCAAAGACCGGCUGGAUAACGGCUAUAUCAACUUCGACAAAAGAAGGCGGGAAUUUGAGGUUUUAGCUCAAAUUCGACUCCUGCAGUUGUCUUGCAAAAACUGUGUGUUCGCCAAGGACGAGGCCUUCCUGCGUUGGUACCACAGCGUGCCCACGCUAGCUGAGGAGCAAAGUUACAGACUGUCCAACGAGAUCGAAGCGCUCAGUGAGGCGGGCCCUCGAGGCCCCACCCCGACUGUCAUCGUCACGCAGUGUCCCGAUCUGAGUUCUUCCAGGAACAGUCUGUCCGCCGACUCUGAGGGCCUCUUUGACUUCUCCACCCCCGUCAACAACCUGCUGUCCAAACUCACAAAGCACAUGAAGUCUCCGUCCGUGUCCUGCUUGGACGUGGACACGUCGCCUCCCGUCGGUGACGCCUCCUCCACCGCCCCGCCGGCUCCCAGCACGCCGCCCAAAUCUCACCGCCGCUCCGCCUCCUGCGGCAACACCCCGGCCAACGGCGCUAAGGGCUCGGGGCCCGACAUGCGCAUCAUCAGGAUCGGCAUGGACCUGCAGGAUGGGAACCUGUACAGGAGCAUCCUGGUCACCAGCAAUGACAAGACACCCACCGCCGUCAGCGCCGCCCUGGAGAAGCACAAUCAGGACCCCAAGCAGGCGUCCAGAUAUGAGCUGAUCCAACUCCUGCCUGAAGGGAAAGAGCUCAUCAUCCCCGCCACAGGAAACGUCUUUUACGCCAUGACGUCGUCCAGCGUGGACUUCCUGCUGAGAAGGAAAGACGCAAACACGCCCCUCGGCUCGCCAUCAAUCAGCCAAUCAGAGACGAGCGCCACUUAUCCUCGAAUCAAAGCCAAGGGGAGGAGACUAGUCCGAACGCUCUUUUGAUGACAGUAAUAGAUUUUAUUUGUAAACGGCACUUUACAUUGAGUAAACAACCUCAAAGUGCUACAGUGUGUUAAAAAAAAAUAAAAACAUAAUUAAAAUAAAUGAAAAUAAAUACUAGAACAGCAUAAUAGCUAGAACUAGUAUAUCUCAGAGUACUUUUCAUUUGUUCUCUUUUCUGCUUUGUUUUCCAAAUGUAUUUUAUUUAAUACCUAAGGGUUCUUCCAUUGCUCUUGCUAAAUGUAUAUUUUUUUAAUAAUUUUUUUUACCUCAUUUUGUUAAUAUUGUAUUUAAUUUUUCCUUAUGUUGCAUUUAUUUCACCGGAAUUAUGUGACGCUUUUAUUGUUAUGAAUGUAAUAUUUUAGUGUGUAUGCGAUGCUCUUAUUUAAUUGUAUUUUGUACGUCAUCACUUGUUCAGUAUUAGAAAAGAAGUCCUGACGUGACCGACAUCUGGCAAGCAUCCCGGAUUCACCACUGGAGGAAGAAUAGUUGUUUUUUUUCCAAGUCUUCACAACUCAAUCCACACUUUGGGAAAUGUCUCAAAGGGUGAUGUCAUGAUGAUGACGUUUCCAUGGCGACAAAAACAUUUGUCAGUCCCAAAACACUGAAACGUCUCAUGUAAGUUAUUAGUUUCUAUAUUUUCCUUCAAUAUUGUGUUUACGUUAGCAUGGACUUUAACGUACGUCACAGGAAAAAAAAAAAAAAAAAAAAGCAAAAUAAA